CACCUAUAGCCGCACUCACCGUCCCCUCCCAGCAGGUCAAAUACAGCGGCACAGACACACUCUGUAAAGCUGUUUGCAUUCAACCUUUGUUCACCUGAGGCUGUAAGGGUACCCUUAAAACCAUGUCUGCAACAGCCACCAGAAGAUCAUACCCUCCCACCAAGACAGACAGCACCUCUCCCAAGACUGUUGUGGAUGACAGCAAGAAGAAGACAUCCCUUCUGAAGGACAACAGCUGGAUUAAGAAGGAUGUUACCAGUGAUAAAUCAGUGGAUCAGGACUCAAACUUUGGGAGAACCGUCCUGAGUCGAUUUAAAUCAGCUGAAAACCUGAACAGCUCUCCAGAUAAAACCACUUCAGUCGUCACCACCAAAACCUCUACUACUCCUCCUGAAAGAUCCUCAGUCCAGAAUCUAACCAGAAGAUUCAGCGCAAGUCAGGAUGAACUGGAUUCACGCGGGAAAACCAGCACUCAGACUGUAGUAACUACUACAAACACUACACCCAAAAGAAGCUCAAGUGUUACCAAGACAGAGACCAUCACUAAAACUACUUCCAAGGAGCCCACAGAAACUAAAACUGUAAAAACGGUGACGUCACCAACUUCAACUAUUAAAACCACCACAAGAACGUCAUCUGUGAAGACUGAACCAGAGCUAAGCUCAAGUGUUACCAAGACAGAGACCAUCACUAAAACUGCUUCCAAAGAGCCCACAGAAACUAAAACUGUAAAAACGGUGACGUCACCAACUUCAACCACUAAAACCACCACAAGAACAUCAUCUGUAAAGACUGACCCAGAGCUCACCAGCACUACUACUACUGUAAGAGAUGGCACAAAGACCACGGUGACCACCACCAGCACAUCUUCUGUGAAGUCACCAACCAAAAGCGAGACAUUCACUGAGAAGAUCCUCUCUGAUACUACCAACAUCGGGAAAACUCAAACUCAACCUAAAGUGACAAACACAGAGACUCCAACCAAAACAAUCUCCAAGACAGAGACCAUCACUGAAACCGCUGCCAAGGAACCCAGAGUUCGAGAUUACACCAAAACUGUCACAACAGAGACACAGCCAGCUUCAACCAUCACAAGAACUACGAGAACCUCUGUGAGGACUGAUCCAGAGAUCACCAAAACCUAUACUAGCUAUAAUGAUACUCCAACAUCUAAAACUACAACCCGCACCAUCACCACCAAAUCCAGUGCUGAGGACCAGCUGUUUGACACCCUAAUACCGACAUCCAUCAAGUCAGUGUCCUCCUCCGCACCUGACACCAGCAGUAACGAGACAACAAGUGUAACCAGUCCCACGACCUACACCAGAACCUCGUACAAAACAACCAGGACUGAGGAAUACCCUUCGGACACGGUGAUCACCAGAACCAUUAGAUCUGUCUCCUCCCCACCUGACAGUACUUUGCAAAGGUAUGAGCGGCGCAGUAGUUUUAACGGCUCCACUACAACCUACACUACUACUUCCACAACUUACACAGACAGCAGCAGCAGGUCCUUGGAUUAUCUCUCUGAUGGCCUUACAUCAAAAACUGUUAAAACCGUGUACACAACACCUGAAAGGACUUAUAUUGAGAGGGAUAUCUGUACAAUCUGCCACAAGCCCAUGAUCUCUGACGUCAGGAUGAUUCUGGAUGACAUGAAUAUGCAGUGUCAUGCCACUUGUUUCAAAUGUGAGGUGUGUAAGAGCUCUCUGGGCCACCUGAAGGCAGGGGACAGCAUGUGGGUGUAUCAGCGCACUGUGCAAUGCGAGAGAUGCUUCGGUAUCACUAGAAAUAAGUGGCAUCGCUAAAGCUACCACCGUGGUGAAUGUGAAGAUAAAUUAUGACGAACAUAGAAAUGAAGGAAAUCUUUAUGUGGACUUAUUCAAUUAAUACUUUCAUAAGGUGAAGGAAAAUGUUCAUAUUCUGUUAUUAUAAGCAAGUGACCAUCUGGGAUGUGGGUUUAUCUACAGUAAGUGGUGGUGGGGAUGAAUAAGAGGUUUCCUUGUUGUUUUUCUGUAUUAUUGUAUCUUAUUAAUUAAAUUCUAAUUACCAACUGAAGUAAACAUUAGGUGUCCUGUAAGUCACCAUAUUAUGAUAUAUGUUAAUGAAAAGUACAUGUUGAGGUCAUAAAUUUGUCCUCUGUUUGUUUUCUCCAUUCUGUAUUUAAAGUAAUCAAUAAAAAGUACAUGAUA